GCAUUGCGCAGGCGCGCUGCCCAGAGUCCCGCCUCCCCUCCCACCCCGCAGGGUUUGCUCCAAUCAGGUGGCUCCGAAGGCGGCGGUGCUGGCGAGUUGAGAGGAAAUGGCCGGCAGGUCCCUGGCGUCAACGGCCGAGCCCGCCGCGGGAGCCAUGGACAGGGCAGAGAAGGACGGAGGGCAGGAUACAUCCUCACAGAAAAUUGAAGACUUGAUGGAAAUGGUGAAAAGGCUGCAGAAAGUGGGAAGCCCAGAGCCCCAAGUUGAGGUCCUGAUUAACCGGAUUAAUGAGGUCCAGCAAGCGAAAAAGAAGGCCAAUGAAGACCUAGGAGAGGCCCAGAGCAUCUGUGAAGCCCUGCAGAAGGAACUGGACUCACUGCAUGGAGAGAAAGUACGCCUGAAGGAGAUCUUGAGCAAAAAGCAAGAGACCCUGAGGAUCCUCCGGCUGCACUGCCAGGAGAAGGAAAGUGAGGCACAGAGGAAGCAUACCAUGUUGCAGGAGUGCAAGGAGAGAAUUUCUGCCCUGAACUUACAGAUCGAAGAACAGAAGGAAAAACAGAGACAGCUCAGGUUGGCUUUCGAGGAACAGCUGGAAGAUCUGAUGGGGCAACACAAGGACCUCUGGGACUUCCACAGGCCAGAGCGGCUAGCAAGAGAGAUUUGCACCCUGGACAGCAGCAAGGAGGAGCUGCUCAAGGAAGAGAAGCUGGUCGAGGCGAAGCUGGAAGAUGUGAAGCAACAGCUGUGCUCCCUGUGUGGUGCUGAGGGCCCCUCCACCCUUGAUGAGGGGCUCUUUCUCCGCAGCCAGGAGGCAGCAGCCACAGUGCAGCUGUUUCAGGAAGAGCACAGGAAGGCUGAGGAGCUCCUAGCAGCUGCUGCCCAACGCCACCAGCAGCUGCAGCAGAAGUGCCAGCAACUGCAGCAGAAGCGGCAGAGGCUGAAGGAGGAGCUGGAAAAGCAUGGAACACAGGUCCCUGCCCAAGCCCAGAGCACACAAGAGGAAGAGGCUGGCCCAGGAGAUGUGGCCAGUUCCAAGCCCCUAAAAGCCCAUGAGGAGAAAGACCUGGAGCUGCACACCGAGCAGGGCUUGAUGUCCUCAUAGGCCAGGAGGAUACACUCCACCCCUGACCUUGGCCCAAGGCGCUAAUAAAGGAGCUAUUUUGAUACAGCCCAUCUCAGUUGAGUCUACUGUUGAGGAAUAGGAGUCGGGCUUAAGACCUCCAGGCUCCUGUGACUGAUUGAAGCCUCUGCUUGACUUUGCCUCUUGGUCUGGGCCAGAGAUAUACCACAGGUUUUCAAUAAAUGCUUCCUUAACCUCCUGGU